AGCCUCCUCCAUCCCGGCUGCAGGGAAGCUGCUGCCCAAUGCGACGUCACACGGCCCGGCCCCUUGUGCCCUCCUGUCUCGGCCCCAGCCGGGAUCCCAGCAUGGAGCCUUCAGCCUCAGCUCCCACUCCAGGGCCCCGCUCGGGGCGUGCCGCAGCCCCCUGCACUCUCGCCAAUAAAGCAGCCGCUCCCUGCCCCGUUUGUGGCCGCGUCUCCGUCCUGCUGCGCUCCCGGCUGGGCAGCUCCCGGCUGCACUCUGCUUCAGGGUGCCCCAAUGGGUGCUGGCACAACAGUGUCUGGAAGGGUCUGCACCAGACAAACGCCCUCCCCGAGCCAUCACUGUUCCCACAGUGCUGAUCCCAGGCCCCAUUUUCCCAAGGCUUCCCAGCCCAUGCUCCUGCUCAGCACUGUCCCACAGCCCCAGCUGCUCCAAUGUUUGCUCCUCAGCCUGUUAAGGGAUGUGCUCCAGCUGGGGCAUGAUAUGCAGUUGCAGCUGUGUCCAUGGAGCGGAGCUCUGCCAUGGCUUAGGGGGAUGGCGAUGCUGCUGCUGCUGUGUGCAAUGGCACAGCGUCUCUCAAAGCUCCUCCUGCACUACGCACUCCCAGCCCACCAGCAGCACAGUGCCCACAGCAGGAGCCUGAUGGAGCCGUGGGCAGCAAAACCUGCACGUCCCUGCCCCAUCCCUGCCCACCCUGCUCAGAGCCAGUCCUCGCUCCUGCUGCUUUUCCACUCUCCCCAGGAACCCCUCAGCUCUCAGAGACAGUGGGAGCCGAGGAGCCCCCAAGACCAGAGCAAACGGUCCCAUGGGGCCUCUGAAGGCCUGGCACUGCUGGGGAAUAGCACAGAGCACAGCUGAGCCAGGCACACACAGCUGCCCUGCAGCCUGUCCCGCACAGCCUGGUGCCAGCAGCACGGGUGUGUCCCCACACAUGUCGCACCACAGCUCUGCAGCAUCGCUCCCUGCUCCAUGCACGCCAGGAGGUGACACCGACGCUCCCUGGGCAGGAUGGAGUGGGCUCUGGGGUGCAGCAAUGGGAUGUACAGGCUCACCGGGCUCUCCCAGGUGCCUACACUGGGGAGCGCAAGUAGCAGGGUUGGGGAGCAGCUCCCAAGUGCCCCGGCCUGCCUGUUUGCGGGUCACCGGUGACCUGGAAAGGGAGCACUGCAGGGGAUGCGGCAGCCAUGGGCCGGGAGCCCAGCACUGCUCUGGGAGUCUCCCUCGCAGUGAAUUGUUCAUGCCCAGUGCUCCCACAGCCCUGGAAACGCGCGCUGCCAUGGGCCGGUGCCCCCCAGCAGAUUUAAAUACCGACUGGCAGUCGCAGCACCACAGCUCCCCCCAGCAGCACCAUGCCCAGCACCUGUGCCCUCGCGCUGCUGUUCCUGGCCCUGUGUGCCGAGCUGCUGCCUGCCCCAGCCCAGCAGCACCGCGGGGAUCGUGGCAAUGCCCCCGCCGCCAGCUCCCCACCACGCCGGGCACAGCGGGGCCAGCGGCAACCAGCAGCCCUGCCUGCCCCCAGCAAAGCAGGCAUGUGCCCGGCCGUGGGGAGCAGCUCCGCGCGCCCCACCAGGAGGUACUGCCUGUCUGACCACAGCUGCCCCAAUGCUGAGAAGUGCUGCCUCCUCGGGGACGUGCGCGCCUGCCUGCUCCCUACCGCAGAGAGCCCGGGCAGCCCCGGGGUGGUGAACUGCAGGGUGAGCUGCUGCAAUGAGACGGUGUGUGGCCAUGGGGAGAGAUGCUGCGUCCGCUGUCUGCGAACUGAGCCGGCGAAAUCUGGGCUUUGUCCACGGAAGCGAGCCCAGCAUGAUGCUGCCUGCCCUGACCUGUGUACCAACGACAGGGACUGCCCCGGGGACCAGAAGUGCUGCUUCUCUGGCUGCGGGUUGGCCUGCACCCCCCCCUACACAGCGAAGGCCGGUGCAUGCCCCGUGGUGCUGCGGGGCUCCCUGGGCCCCUGUCUGGAGCGGUGUGACAGCGAUGCCGACUGUCCUGGGGCCAAGAAGUGCUGCACCACCGGCUGUGGCCACAUCUGCAAACUGCCCACCGAGGUGAGGCCAGGUCUCUGUCCUGCUGCAACCACCAGGGCUGGUGAGUGCCUCAUCCUAUGCCUGGAGGACAAGGACUGUCCACCCAGCCAGAAGUGCUGCCUGCAGGACUGUGGCCGUGCGUGCAUCCUGCCACUGCAGGGCACAGCCUAGCCCUGGCCAGGGGUUGGCACUGGGAGUUGCCAUUUUGGGGCCAUUCCACCCCACCAUCAUCGCAGCAUCCCCCGCCCCACUGCUUCCAUCCCUCUGGCAGCACCUCCGGCCGGGGGGGACCAGCAUUGUUUGACCCACUCUUGCCAGGGUCUCUGCCACCCCCACCUCCCACAGCUGUGCUCCAGGGACAAAGGCAAACCUCCACAUCCAGCCCCUCUGUGCGUGCCAGACUGUGCAUGGCACAGACACCCCCAGUCUGCCUGGAAAUACUGACCCAGAAUAAACCAGCAUGUGGCAGCUCAGAA